AGAAUGUUCGAGGUUUAAGUUUAGUUCAAGUGUUUAACGGAUAGAGAGCAUGUUGCCUAUACUCCUUCUUACACUACUUUUAUGGCUCCCUGAUGAAACAAAAUCUCAAUUGGAUCGAUUUUUUUGUUCUUGUGCCCACACAGAACUAAUCAAACAUUGUGCUGCCUACUGCAACGACAAACCUUGUGAGAGUUUGUGUGAAUAUAAGUGUGGAUGGUUUAGAGUAUGUGGCACUAUCAGCUGUUCUCAAACUGGGUCAACUUGUACAUCAACAGUUUCAAAGAAUACCCAGGCGUUAGCGGCUGCUCUUAACGCUGGAUCUUUUAGAGUUCUUACACAAGCAUCUUCGGAAUAUGAGCAUUACAGGAAAGUGUUCAAUGCUGCUUGCACAGCUAAACCCAAAGCAAUUGUAUUUCCAAAUACACCGGAAGAUGUCGCAUUUAUUCUGAAAACUGCUAAAUCUUUUGGUGACACCAUCAGUGUGCGAAGUGGAGGGCACAGUUACACAUGCAACAGCCUGAAGCAGGACAGUGUUCAUAUUAUCAUGACAAACUUUAACCGGAUUAAACUUUUUGAUACAACCAGAAGUGAAACAGGGAAGGCAGCCUGGCUUGGGACCGGAGCUAUUUGGGGGAACGUUUUGAGAUCUAUAGACCCUGAGGUGUAUAGCUACCCCCAUGGACAAUGCCGUAGUGUUGGAGUAGGAGGAUAUCUACUAGGAGGAGGGGUUAACUGGCUGGGGACUUAUAACAAAUAUGGAUAUGGUGCCGAGGGUAUUAUAGAGAUGAAAGCAGUUCUAUCAGAUGGAAACCUUGUUACAGUAACUCCGGACAAAACUGUCUUUGCUGAUGGAAGGGUUGUCCAGCAUACAGCUGCAAACAACCUAUUCUUUGGUCUACGAGGAGCUGGGAGUAGUUUAGCAAUAGUUACGGAGUUCCUUUAUACAAUUCAUAAAGAACCAGAAACAAGACCUGCUAUUAUACUUGCUUGGAUGGAGACAGAGGAUGAAGUAGAAAAGAUGAUGAAGGCUAUGUCUAGCACUAAAAAGUACAGUUUUAUGGUGAACCAUCAAAUUUCAAAAAUUGGAUUCUGGUCCCGGCCUAUCCUCUCACCCAUCAUGCUUGCAUUCCCAGGAGCCAUGCAAGCUCUAAAAUUUAGCAAUCGGAAAUCGACCUUUCCAGUUCAGAUUAUGGUCACUGACAUAACCCUCGGGGCUGGAAGAACUACAUCAGCUGCAUCUGCCGCAAAAUACUUAAAAGAUCAGGGGGUGGAUAUUCUUGUAGAUAAUAUUGUCAAUGUUUUAGCAAUAAAUCAGAUACAACCCGGUUCUGUGACGGGUGGAGUCCAUUUUGUAUUUGAUCGUAUAGCAAAUCUCUUGUAUGAAGAAAUAGAAAAGGAGCAAGAAUCAUGGAAGGCUGGUGUCUGGUCCUCUAUAUCCUUGAACUAUGGAUCCCUGGCAUCAACUAGAUCCUUCUCUCCAGACUUUAUCAAUGAUGGAUUUGUUGGACUCAGACGAGGUCUUUUUCUUGAAUUUCUGAGGAAAGACUGCAGUUUCUGCUUCUGGAUGCUUCAUUUCAGGAAUAGACUAGGAAAACCAAGGAUAUCUGUUAACAAUCCCAUAUCUAUCAGGACGGAUGAAAAUCAGGGUAAUACUGUUGAGAUAAACCUAACCUGUAUGUUCCCCCCCUCCUCCACCUCAUGUACUGAUGUUGUAAAUGGAAUAAGGAGUAAAAUAGAAUCCCGGCUGCAAGGACAAACUUACAGUAAAUACUACAAUUUCCCUAGCUGCUCGAAGUCAGGAAGUGAUUGGAGACGUCUGUACUGGGGGCAGAACCUGGACCAACUGAUGAGCAUUAAGAGGUUUUGGGACAGCGGGGACACAUUCAAUCAUUGUCAGAGUCUUACUAACAACGAUGCUGCUUGCUGUCCCUUUCCAUCUUAGUGGGACAAACAAAACUUGUGGGAAAUGCAUUGUAUUGGAUUAUAUCAAUAAAUAUGAAAAUUCAA